AACUGAGAGGUUGUUCUGUGUUAUUUGCUAGUUUACCAAAAUGUAAUCAAAAGAAAGCGAAAACUAAUACUUCUUAAAAUCUGCAACAGUAUUUGGUCUAAAGAUUAAGUGAAUUACUCAAGUAUAUUACUUUUUAAAAACAUAUCUGGAUCUUUCCCAGAAACCAAGGCUGAGAGAAUUCUCUUAGUGGCUUGAACAAUAGUGAAAAUGAAUAGCCAAAGAAACAAAUUUAAGCGUGGUCAAAAUUUUAGCACGGAAGAAGAGUUUUUGCUCAUCACUAUGGCGGCCGAGCAGAGAAAGAUUUUCGAAAAUAAGAAAAAUGAUGGCGUGACUUGGAAAGAAAAGGAAUUGGCCUGGGAAAAUCUGGCGGUCACCUAUGCGAGCAAGUCUGGGAUUCAGCGCAGUGCUCUUAGCCUACGAUCCAAGUACGAGAGCUUGAAAAAGAAACUUGCAGCUGGGCUGCCGUACGGACAGCCUCCCAAAACACCAUCGGUUGCCGAAAAACUCCGACAAGUUCUUGGAGAUGAGGACACUGGUGACGAAAACUCAGACAGCGACUGUAUUAUGAAUGAACUACAGACUGACGGAUCAAUUGGAGACAUAAUCGAGUUCAAUGAGGAGAACUCCAGUGAAAAUGUGACUUCCAAGCCUAGAACUCCUAUAGCCUUUGAGGCGAAUAUGGUUGCCCCACCAACUGAAAAGACACAGCGCAAAAGAGAUUUUAACAGUCAAUUUCAAGAGGAAAAAUUUCGUUUGAUAAGGGCACAGCGUAGAUUCUAUGAACAAGAGAAUGUACGAGCGCAGGAAAAGCAUCUGGAGGAAAUGGAAACAUUAAGUGCGAAACGCGAGUUGCUUUAUUUAGAAAUCGCUGAAAAGAAAAGGAAACUCAAGGACUCUCCAAGCGAAUAACGCAGAUUAUUCUUAGUAUAUAGAUUGUGCCAAACCUAUGCUAAUAGUUAAUCACCUCUCAAAAUAUUUACUAAUUAAAUUGUUUCUAUGAAGCCCA